CCGGCCAUCCAUCGUUGCCUCAUCAUCUAAUCCCAACUCCUCGUCCUCUCUCUCUUCUCCUCUCUGAGAAGGCAAGCGGAGACUUCCAUUCCAUGGCUUCCACCGCCUCCUCCUCAUUUCGACUCCCAUCUCUCCUUCCUCCGCAAGCCCCCACAUUCUGCAGAUCAGGCCGCCAGCUCCGUCCCCACCGCCUCCGGCUUCACCCCGUCAGAAGAAAGCCCCUACUCGUCUCCGCCUGCUCUCCCCAGGACAAUCCUAACGGUGCCGGCGGAAGCACCGGAAGUAACAGGUCUUGGGUUAGCCCCGACUGGUUGACUUCCCUCUCCCGCUCCCUUUCCGGCGGCGGCGGCGGCGACUCCCGGAUCCCGUAUGCCGACGCCAAGCUGGAUGACGUGUCAGACCUCCUCGGAGGCGCCCUUUUCCUCCCCCUAUUCAAGUGGAUGCUAGACUACGGGCCCAUCUAUCGCCUCGCAGCUGGCCCUCGCAACUUCGUGGUCGUCAGCGACCCAGCCAUCGCCAAGCAUGUCCUUCGAAACUAUGGCAAGUACGCAAAGGGGCUCGUCUCCGAGGUUUCUGAGUUCCUCUUUGGAUCUGGGUUUGCCAUCGCCGAAGGUGCCCUUUGGACGGUGAGACGUCGUGCAGUUACCCCGUCUCUCCACAGGAAGUAUCUCUCUGUAAUGGUUGAUAAAGUUUUCUGUAGGUGUGCCCAAAGACUAGUGGAGAAGCUUCAAAUCCAUGCCAUGGAUGGUACAGCAGUGAACAUGGAAGAGAAGUUUUCUCAAUUAACCUUAGAUGUUAUAGGCUUGUCUUUGUUCAACUACAAUUUCGACUCACUUGCAUCUGAUAGCCCGGUUAUUGAGGCAGUUUAUACAGCACUCAAAGAAGCUGAGGCUCGUUCCACUGACAUUUUGCCGUAUUGGAAGCUCCCUAUUCUCUGCAAGAUAAUUCCCAGGCAGAUAAAAGCAGAGAAAGCAGUCUCUAUAAUACGCAACACUGUUGAAGAACUCAUUAUCAAAUGCAAAGAGAUUGUAGAAGCUGAAUGUGAACAGGUUGAAGGGGAAGAGUAUGUCAAUGAGACAGAUCCUAGCAUCUUGCGUUUUCUACUAGCCAGCCGUGAAGAGGUUACAAGCAUACAACUUCGUGAUGACCUUUUAUCCAUGUUAGUUGCUGGUCAUGAAACAACUGGUUCAGUUUUGACGUGGACAAUCUAUCUUUUGAGUAAGGAUCCAUCAUCUCUCAAGAGGGCAAGACAUGAAGUUGAUGAAGUUUUACAAGGAAGACCUCCUAGAUAUGAAGAUGUCAAAGAGUUGAAGUACUUGAUGAGAUGCAUACAUGAAUCUUUGAGACUUUACCCCCAUCCUCCAGUAUUGAUAAGGCGUGCUCAAUCCGAUGAUGUACUUCCUGGAGAUUACAAGAUUAAUGCUGGUCAAGACAUAAUGAUAUCUGUGUAUAAUAUACAUCGGUCACCAAAGGUUUGGGAGAGAGCGGAAGAAUUUUUUCCUGAAAGAUUCAGCUUAGAAGGGCCUGUUCCAAAUGAGACAAAUACAGAUUUCAGAUUCAUUCCUUUUAGUGGAGGACCUCGAAAGUGUAUUGGUGAUCAAUUUGCUUUGCUCGAAGCAAUUGUUGCUCUUGCUAUCUUCCUGCAGCACAUGAAGUUUGAACUUGUCGCAGAUCAAAAGAUAAGCAUGACAACUGGAGCAACCAUUCAUACAACUAAUGGGUUGUAUAUGACGAUAAGUCGGAGGAAAACACAGCACAAUCCUGUUCCAUCCUUGAGUGUAUCAUCGAGUUAAUUUCUUCGGUAUCGGUUUUACGCGAAGAGUUAGCCAAAGGUAUUCAUUUCUAAAUGGUCUUUGGUGCCAUGCCCUUCCGACUGCAUACAUAGCGAGGGAGGAAGUGAGAUCAAUGUAAUUUAUAUUUUAGAUUAAACAAGAGAAGGGUCAUUCAUAAUCUCAAUUUUCAAGCUUAUUA